UAACAAUGAAUGAAUGUUUCACGUACACAUUUAUUGCCUUUUUUUAUGCUGCAGUUCUUUGAGUAGAAAGUAUUCAUGCGCCAUUAUUUAUAAUGGCCAAAGGGUAGUUUUGGCAAUCCAGAACAGAAGCCUUUUUUUUUAAUAUCUUUAUUUAUUGUUUUGGCUUUCUAUAAAAUGUUCCCUUGUUGAGGAGCUUGAUGGAUGAGAAAAAGAGGUUCAGUGAAAGGGAGUGAGAGAUAGCUAGCCAUGGUGUCAAGAGAAAUCAAGGGAACUUCUUUGCAUGAGAAACUGCAGCUCCUUCGUUCAGUUACAAACUCUCAUGCAAGAAAUAAAGCUUCAAUCAUUGUUGAUGCUUCAAACUAUAUUAGAGAGUUGAAGCAAAAGGUGGAAAGACUCAACCAGGAUAUCUCAUCAUCUAAAGCAGAUGAAGAAACUCCUAUGCCUUUGGUCACUGUUGAAACCCUAAACAAGGGCUUCUUGAUCAAUGUCUUUUCUGCAAAGAGCUGCCCUGGUUUACUUGUUUCCAUUCUUGAAGUUUUUGAAGAAUUAGGCCUCACUGUGCUUGAAGCUAGGGUUUCCUGCACUGAUACCUUUCAUCUUGAAGCAGUUGGAGGAGAAAAUGAGAUGGAAAGAAUGGAUGCCCAUGUUGUGAAACAGGCAGUGCUUCAAGCUAUUAAGAAUUGCUCUGAAAGCAGUGAGCAAGACUAAUUAGCAGAGAAGGGUUACUGAAUUUUUUUUUAUUAUUAUAUUAUGGCGCAAGCUGUUUUUCAGUUUAUUUAAUCAUCUUAAUUAUCUUGUGGCAGUCUUGGUCAUAUAGUUAUUUGAUGGUAUAUUUUUGUUCCCUUAAUUUGUAUAAUAUAUGC